AUGUAUACCCCUCCUGCUUUUUCGGGCCCAAUCCCUGAAGUCUCUGGCGAAUUUUUAGAAGUCUACACAGGCGGCUGCUAUUGCGGUGCUGUCACGCUGAUGGUCAAGACUAAACCACUGCCCGAGAUAGAAGUCAAAGAAGAUAACUGCAGUAUUUGUCAGCGUAAUGCCAACGUCUGCAUCUACCCCGAUCAAUCAGAGGUCUCGAUCGUAGGUGAUGAUAACAUGACUGAGUACCGCUUUGCAAGGAAAUUUACUGGUCAUCGGUUUUGUAAAGUCUGCGGAGUUCAAGUAUACAUGAAGCUGCAUGGACCUCCUAAGGCUCUGGUCGAUAGCUUGCCUCUAGCAAAGCAGAAGAUCAUUCGCCAGAAGCUGUCAAUUGUCCCGAUCAGGAUUGCUGCUCUGGAUGGUGUCGAGUUUUCUUUGGUAAAGAUUCAGAGAUCAGAUGAAGGAACAGAAGGAUAUGCGAUUGGCAAUCAGAAACGUAAAGGCAUGAAUGAUUCUACUUGA